GUGAGAGAGCGCGAGGUAGACAACACGGUGCAAAUUGUGUGAGUCGGUUGGACUGUCUGGCGCGCGAGAGUGAGCGGGACGGCAGGAGCGCAGAGAGGAACUCAGAAGCCAGCAGCUGAGAGUUCCUGCCUGCUGGGGUUUCUCUCAGCGCCAGAGACGAGUCGCAGCAGUCGGUGAGCGCGCACAGUGUUAGUGGAAAGUAGAGGAAGGUCGGUUCGUGGCUGUCAUUUCUUCGACGGUUUCGUCAUUCCGACUCGAGAGCGGAUCGGGCGAGCACGCGUUCACUGUUUGUGAGGUGUUCCGGUAUAUCAGCCUGUUUCUCAAAGCCAUAAAGUGAAUAACACUGUGACAUCUCUUAAGUCUCAUCCUGCGCAAAGUUCCUACACACACUCCACCGAUGUGGGUGAUCCUGGAGCUCUAAUUAAAAAAAAAGGCAAACAAACAAGAACAUAAAGUUUUCGACAUCUGUUGUGUGAAGAAGUUAAACAAAAAAAAUAUUGCAUGAAUUCUGUAGUGAAAGACACGAAGGAGAUAAAAGGACUACUGAAAAUAAAAUAGAAAUACUUUUACUACCUCAUUGUGCAGUGCAGAUUUCGUUUUAUACUUUGUUUUUCAUUCUGACAAUUGUCAUUGUAUCUAAAUAUGUACAGACAUUCUUGCUCCAAGUGCAUGAUUGCGUACAAUAUUGCGAGAGGAGACAAGAAGACAUAAUAAAAAGAGUUACCAAUUAAACUGUGUGUGUGCUUUCGCUUCCUCGCGCGGCAACAGAUAACUUUGAUAUCAGCCCGCCAAAAAGUAAAGUGUGCGUGCCGAGAGGAAGAAGAUCAUUCAGAAGAAAUUGGACACUGCAGCGAGAGAUCGAGACACACUGCGCGGGCGACAAAUUGAAAUCGAAAGUGAAACUGAUAGUACAAAAAAAGUAGAGGAACUGAAAAUUUAGAUAGACGAGAAGAACAGAGGAGAAUGCUUUAGGAAAGUGUGUGGAAAGUGUGUUUAUGGAAGCAGUGAAACUUGUGCAGAUGUAAUGGAGACAGUUGAAUUGAUUGAUUUCCGUGCUGAGUGUCGGAGGAGAAUAUCGGCAUAAGGACUAUCUAUUAUCGUCAGCGAGAGAGAGUGAUCAAUUUCGGCAGUAAAAAGACUCUUAUUGUGGAGCUGGAGAUGAUAAUGUUGCAGCACAUUUCGCCACACUUCGUGGCUGGACAGCCACCCAUUUCGCCGGCGUCGUCGCCGGUCCUGCCAUCCCCGCGGGGCGGCGCCUCGCCCGGCACAGAGUCCGGCGCCUGGGUCCGGAAGACACCCAGUCCGCAGUACAAGGCCCCCGCGACGCCAGUGAAGCUGGAGCCCGCCGCGUCGCCGCGGGAGGAGCCCAGGGAGCCGGAGGCGCAGGAGGAGCGCGUGGAGAGGCGCUACGUGCUGGUGAAGACGGAUCCGGAGUAUGGGAACGAGGAUGAUGAUGACAUGCCGCUGGAUCUGUCGCUCAAGUACUCAGACAGGAGGCGAGAUCGCCAGGAUCCGGGCACAGACUCCGAUGACUCCGGGGGCCCCGGCGAGGACCGCCGCGAGGGCAGAGCGUACAAGAAGAGUCUCAUGAAGCGAUACUUGAACACAGAAAUUCCCAUCUUGCCACAGUCGCCGAGUCCGCCACCACAGCAGAGGAUCUCGUCAGCAUCAAUACCCGCGGCAAGUGCAAGCAAUGGCCACCACCAGGGACCACCGCCUCACCGGCAACUCCUCCACGGGCUGCUGAGCGGAGCGCCGAUCCAUUCAGCGCCAUACCACAGAAACUACAGCACGUCCAGUACAGGUUCACUGCCACCGAGUCCGGCGGAUAGUGGAGUCUCCGACGUGGACUCGUCCAGUUCCGGUGGCCAGCCGGCGUGCAGCGAGGAGCUGAAGGCGCGCCUCGGGAUGCCGCCGCACUGCCCGCCUCAGGGCCACAUGGCGCCCGGCACCUUCCUGCAUCCCAACUUCUACCACAAUUCACCGCCGCAAUUACGUAAUAUAUGGAAUAAUCGCAAUGUAUCACUGCCAGACAGUUACUACCUGCAUUCGAUGAAUGGUAGCUAUCCGCCAUCGCACUUCCCGACCCCGUCGCCGGCCCGGGUGGGCCCCCACCAGGCGCUGCACCCGCAGAGCGUGAUCCAGGCGGCGACGUCGAGCGUGGGCGACGACAUAUCCUACAUGCUAGAGCUGGGCUUCCAGCAGCGCAAGCUGAAGAAGCCGAAGAAGCCCCGGAUCGAGAUGGGCGUGAAGCGGAAGAGUCGCGAGGGCUCCACCACGUACCUGUGGGAGUUCCUGCUGAAGCUGCUGCAGGAUCGCGAGUACUGUCCGCGGUACAUCAAGUGGACGAACCGCGAGAAGGGCGUGUUCAAGCUGGUGGACUCGAAGGCUGUUUCGCGACUGUGGGGCCUGCACAAGAACAAGCCCGACAUGAACUACGAGACCAUGGGCAGGGCGCUGCGGUACUACUACCAGCGCGGCAUCCUGGCCAAGGUGGACGGCCAGAGGCUCGUGUAUCAGUUCGUGGAUGUGCCCAAGGAUAUCGUUGAGAUCGACUGCACCGGUGCGUAGGCGAGCGGGCGGCGAGUGUCCUUUCUCUCUUCUGCUAUCCUUCCUUCAGUCUCUCUCUCUCUCUCUGAUUGCCUUCUUAUUUAUUUUCCCGACACUCUCAAACCUCCCCUUCUGCCACUCAACGCAUAUUCAAAGAUAAAUGAUAUUCCUUCCACCAACUCACCUUUGGAGUGAUGAGGAGAAAGAAGAAGAAACAAAUUCUCUGUAUUGAACCCACACACAAGAUCUUCACGUGCUGAAGAUUUUUUUUCUUUAAUUUUAAAGUAAUUAAUUUUCUUUUUUUUGUAAAAGUGAGAAGAUAUUUUUAAAGAAAAUUUAUCGAGAUACAAAUAUUGAAAGAAGAAGGAGGAAAAAGAAAAAACAUGAAAUCAUCUGUGCAAUGAACCAAAAUAGAUGUAAAAAAAUUAUUAAUUAAAUUUUUAACAUAAAUAAACUAGACAUAAUUAUCGUUAAAUUGUAUAGUGAAUGAGAGAGAACAAAAUAGUUGAUAAGGUUUUUUCACUCACACACAAUUCUUUGGAUGAACGAGAAAGUUUUUAGGUUUAAUCGUGAAGGAAAAAAUAAUGAAAGAAGAAAAACGGCUAACAUAUGUAAGUAAAAACUUCAUUAGAGAUCUAGAGAAAGAAAAAAUACAUAGAAAAAAAGUCACACUGUACAAAAGGACAGAAAAUGUUGAGAAAUAUCCCACUUUUGAAAAGACAUGAAAGGCAAAGGGUUUGUAAAUAAUUCCUGAGGGAAGAAAAGAUGUGUCAAUGGUAAGAAAAUUGUCUCUUUAGCUAAUAAAUGAAUAAAAAAGGAAAAGCAUACAAAUGGAAAUCAAAGAAAAAUAUCGAAACCUGUUGUGUAAACUUUGAAUGUUGAUGUGAAUUGAUAUAAAAAAAAUACAGAAAAAUAGCUAAAUGUUUCACUUUAUGUUGAUGUUGACCAAUAAAAUGUCAUUAAUAAUGGAAAGAAGAAAAUAGUAAUUAAUUUUUCCAGUGAAUAGCAAAUAAAAUCGUUUUGAUACCGUUUUUUAAAGCAAAUCAAACAUAUUUAUAUUUGUUAUAUAUUUUUCAAACAAAGAUUAAUGAGAAAAAGUGCGCGCAUGAAUCGUUGACGAGACGGAAAAAUGUGAGAUGAGAAAAGCAACAAAAAGUAAAUGAAAAAUACAAGAAUUGUGAUUGAUAAAAUAGAGUGUAAGAUUAAAAUAACUAAAGAAAAAAAAGAAUGUGAAGAAUUCUAACUGACUUUUUGGAUACAUUGAGCAAUAAUUUAGGAUCUUUUUUCUUCUUUUUUCACAUCCACAAUUUUUAGACAAAAAAUGAAUGCAAAGUAAAUUUUUUUUUUCCUUUCAAAUUUAUUCUCGAUGCGACGUGAUUGAGUUUUCGAAAUGCCUUGAAAAUGUGAUGGAAAACAUUAGAAUUUUUAGCCUGGGAAAGUGAAAAAAAAUUCCCCGGACGAGUUUCAGAGCAAUGAAGAAGCGUGAUUUUGGCGUGGUUUUUUCGUAGGAAGAUCCUUUUUCAAAAAUACGUUCGAAUCAAACUCUCUUUUCACGGAUUUACAACAUCUCACCUUCAAUUGGGACGAAAAAAAGGAAAUUUUUGAAUGAAUAUUAGGGAAAAAUAAAAUCUUAGAAUCGAUAGGAAAAUGGAUAGACAAAGUCAUAGUUUGCGUUUGAUUUUUUUUUGGUCAAUUAAAUACUUAAGGAGAAAUUUGAGGCGCGUGUGAAGUCGAAAAAUUAUUCUGGAGAAUUUUGAAGGGUGUGUAAAAAACUGAUCUUAAAAAUUAAUGGCAGUAUAAAAUUUACUUAAAAAAUAAAUUUAAUGGCAAAAAGUCCUAUUCGAUAAAAAUUGAGUGUCAUUGAAAAAUAAAAUUGUAAAAUCCAAAUGAAUUUUUCAUAAACGUGGAAAAUGUGAAUUUUUUACACACUUUUUUAUAACCAGUAGUCAUUCAAUGUAGAUGAAUUUAGAAGGGGAGAAAUUAGAUGAAAAAUUGCUGUAUAAAUUCUUGUGCUUCUUGAUCGACGAUCUCAGAACAUUCUUUUUGCAAAAGAGCAUUAAAAAAGUGAGUUUUCGCAUGAGGAAAAAAUGUUGUAUGUUUGCGGCAUCUUAGCUUUGAUAUCUCCGUAUAAAGCAUAAAAACUAAGUGAAAAAAGAGAGAGAGCGUGUAAAAUUUGAGAAAUAGGAAAGAUGAAUAUUUGAGUACCUCAUCGAAAACACUUGCUACAAAAGAACUUAACAAAAAAUUUAUAAAACUUAGAAUAUCUAAAGUAUUUUCCUUGUCUUUUUGGGUUUUUUUUUCGUGCACUUCUCAGUGUUAUUUUUCAAUUUGACACAAUUGAAAGCGAGCCUGAAAAUAGUUUGUUAUCCCCCAAUAGAAAUUUCACUGUAUUUGAACAUAAAGUGGAUUUUUUAAUGGAACAUAUUAAUAUUUGGUGGUGUAAAAAAAACGUAAAAGGGAAAUACAAAAAUAAAACAUAUAAUCUUCGGUUUGCGUCCAACGAAUUUGUGAUAUAAAGAGACAACAAACGAAAUCAAUUUAGAAAAUUUGGUAAAUAUCUUUGUCAUCAUUGUUUCGGCACUUUUUAUCUUCAAUUGUAAUUUUCAAUGCUUCUUAUUUGUAGCAAAAGAAAAAAAACCAGAAAACAAAUCAGUUUUUUUUAGAGUUAAAGGAGUAAAAACUUCUCAGUAAAAUCUCUUGAGGAUAAAGUAUAAAGAAAAAAAACUGAGUACAUUUUUUAAAAUGAUUAAGAGAAAAAAAUUGAGAAACUAGUGAAAUUUUUUGCACAUAUAGGCAAAUUUUUGGACAACUCGUGGACCUCAAAAUAUAUUCGUAAAAAAAAAUGAUGGUGAAGAAGUUAAGAAGAUAAACCAGUAAAGAUACAAAAUAUACUUAAAAAAUAUUGCUAAAAUGAUGAGAAAGUCUCGUGAAAUCAAAUAUUCAGAAAUAUUGAAUCAUAUUAUAUUGAAAUAAUAAUAAAUAAAUAUUAAAAAAAAAUAUGUACAACUUUUAAAACUGCCGACAAAAGAAACAAUUUAUACACACAAAAAGAGUCUUUUUACAAACAAAAUAAGAAGAAGAAAAAUUUGAAUGCAUCUUCCUAUGUUUUUAUCCAUAUGAAAAACAAAUAUUGUAAAAUUACCAAGUCAAAAAAAAAUAUAAGGAGAACCUAAAAUACAAAUUGAAAAUAGCCUUUCAAUAUUAUGAGAAGAGAAAAAAACCAAUAAAUUAUUAAGAAAAGAUACAAGUAAAUCAAAUAUUAAAUGUACUGUCAAGAAAAAAGAAACAUAUUAAUAAGAAAAAAUAUUGAAGAAUAGAAGUUUUACUAAAUUUAGAUCAAUUUCACAUGAAUUUUCAAGAUUCAAGAAGAAAAAAAAAACGCAAAACAUAUUUGCAUAAUAUUGAUUAUAAAGGAUGAUGAUGAAAAUUUUCUUAUAUAAAUGUAAACAGAUAUUUAAAAAUAUUUAUACUUAAAAAAGAAAAAGAGAAAUUGAAGCCAUGCGCGGAAGAAUGGAACAAAAA